UUAGUAUAGACAGACGAAUAUAUAUCCAAAAUGUUUAGGAUUAUAAUCAUACAAAGAUUACAGAUACAACAGACAAAUAUCUUGGAAGGAAUGGCUCUCAACUUUAGCAGACUUACAGAUACUAUCCACUCAAUUCGCAAUGAUAUUUCAGCUUUAAUCCCUCAAAACGAUUUGGACAGGGAUUGGCAAUUAGCCAUUAGAAGACUGGAAAUAUGUUCACUAGUUUUUUAUAUUUCACUUUUGGUAGCGACUAUGUUGCUUUUUUUCUUCCAUGACUGGUAUUGUUAUAUUGGCUAUAAUCCUUGUGGGCAACAAAAUUUGAAUUGUCCAUGGUUGGCAAGUGAUCCCUCUUCGACUUCAUGCCUUAAUUGA